AUGGAGAAUCCUGAAGGGUUAAGUAUUUUAUAUGGUAUGUCACUGGCAACGAUUGAGAUGAAACGGGGUCAUGCAAUUUGCAUUAAAUUUAAAAAAGGGUUAGAUUCACUUUCUGGAUAUCUAUGGAAUAUUGAUCCAUCGUCAGGGACAGUGUUUGUUUUUGACACGGAUCAAAAAGAAUCUACUGUUAUGUAUGUUGUUAUGUCUGAUUCAAUAUAUAGUAUUACAUUUUUAAAUGACAAGGAACCGUUGCCUACUGAUUAUAUGGAUGCGUAUAUGAAUCUUGAGGAUGAGACUGAAUAA